AAAAAAUUGUGUGUAUCCAAAACAAUGUUUGAGGAGUUUUAGUUAAAAAUGUGAUUUAAAAGUGUUUCUCAAAAAUGACUGAGACUACGUGAUCUGUUAUUUUUUACUGUGAGAGGAAUGGAUAGUCGGCGUUGACGCCGGCCUGGCAUGACGCGUCCACUACGUCCCGCCUCGCCCCUACACCUCUGCUCACCCCUCUACGAUCCAACCUUGAACAUACUAACUACCCUCCUCUCCCUCUCCUUCUUACUACUACCCAUAGCCAACACACAAAUGGUCCUAACAAAUAAAAACAAAAAUAUCACAAACGAAAUUAAUCUUAAUCUUAAUUAUACUAAAGUAGAAAAAUAUACAAUCACACCAAAAAAUGAAGGAAACGAGCUUAUUAAUACAGUAAGUAGCAAAAACUAUCAAACACUCAUAGACAGAUUUAGAAGAAAAGAAUUCAUUACUACAGAAAAUACUAAUAUAGCAAAUAAUACACUUGAUAUUGAAGAAUAUCAAAUAGAUCUUGAAUUAGAUGAUGAUAGCGACAAAGGUGGUUUAGACAACAAUUCUAUGGAAAAACUUCGUGUAGACGAUGAGACUAGAACGAAAAUAUUCAAUGAUUUCUCUAAAACAGUUAAAAUUAACAAGAACCAAUCCAAAAUUGAUGUUGUUAGUGAAACUAAUGGGACACGAGAUAGUGUUGAGAUGAAAGCAGAAGUACAUGCCAAAGAUAUAAAGGGGCUCUCGAAUGAAUCAUUAGGAUUCCCCACACGGUUUCCCACAUCCUAUCAUGUUCCUUCAAUUACGGAUGUUCAACAAACGCCACGGCCGAGCUUUCUAGACGACCUCCCAAAACGCAAAUCAAAUCGCAUCGUCUCCAUAUUGGGUCUUUUCGAGCUAUCAGUGGGAGACGCGCCUCGAGUUGAUGGAGUAUCAGAGCUGGCUGCCGCAAGACUGGCAGUGGAACAUGUGAACAAGCGUGGUCUGCUGCCAGGAUAUAGGCUGCAUCUCAUCACCAAUGAUACUAAGUGCGACCCAGGAGUGGGAGUGGACCGUUUCUUCCACGCGCUGUACACGGAGCGAGACUCCCGCAUGGUGAUGUUGCUGGGCACUGCCUGCUCAGAGGUCACGGAGAGCAUCGCCAAGAUUGUGCCCUAUUGGAAUAUUGUGCAGGUAUCGUUCGGGUCCACUUCACCAGCACUGAGCGACAGAACCGAGUUCCCUCUGUUCUGCAGGACAGUGGCUCCUGACUCCUCACACAAUCCUGCCAGAAUUGCCUUCAUCAGACAAUUCGGCUGGGACACAGUAACAGCGUUCUCGCAGAAUGAGGAGAUAUACUCCUUAGCUGUGAACGAGCUGGUCACCCAGUUAGAAGCUGCCAACAUCACGUGUGCAGCCUCCAUUACCUUCGCCGAGUCGGACUUUAAGGAGCAGCUACAACAACUCAAGGAGCUGGAUACUCGCAUCAUUAUCGGAAGUUUCUCACAAGAGAUGAUACCCAAAAUAUUCUGUGAGGCCUUCAGACUGGGCAUGUUUGGCGCGGAGUACGCGUGGCUGGUCUCCGGUAUGCCGCCGAGGAUCCGUGGUGCUCCUCCAUGUGCCAGGCCUCAACUUGCGAGGGCCUUGGAGGGGCUGGUCACGGUGACUGCGCACCGAGGCAUUGUGGGCGAUGGCGCUUCUUUCUCUGGGUUGACCAACGAAAUGUUCUACCGUGAGAUGGAAGCGGCAGGAGUAGCGGUGUCUCCAUACGCCCCUCAAACAUACGAUGCAGUGUGGGCCAUAGCCCUAGCUUUGAGCAAAGCUGAACAGCUCUGGAGGUCCUUAGGCAAUCGAAGGAGUGAUGGAACGAAUUCCACCAGACUUGGGUUGAGCCAUUUUGAUUAUGAUAGACAGGAUAUGGCGAAGGAGUUCCUUGAUCAACUCGCGAAUCUUAGUUUUGUUGGUGUUUCGGGCCCUGUCUCGUUCAAUGGCGCAGACAGAAUAGGUACCUCAGCUUUUUACCAAAUCCAAGGAGGCAGACCAAAGACCGUAGCUCUCUACACCCACGGCCGCGAGAUGACCUGCCCCGACUGCGCCCGACCCCAGUGGGCGGGCGGAGUACCAGCGGCUCGGAGAGUACUGGUCCUGAGGGUUGACUCCGUCUGGGCGCCAGCUAGGAUGGCAGUGGCUGCUCUAGCGGCUUUGGGAGUCGCGUUGGCGCUCGCCUUCUUGGUCUUCAACUUGCAUUAUAGUAAACGGAGGUCAAUAAAGCUAUCAUCCCCCCGGCUGAACAACAUGACGCUGAUUGGCUGUGUACUAGUAUAUACGGCGGUCGCACUGUUAGGCGUCGACAACGCCACCCUGCCGUCUUACGUGCCCUUCUCUGCUAUGUGCACUGGAAGAGUUUACAUAUUGUCUGCUGGAUUCUCGCUGGCUUUUGGCUCAAUGUUCGCAAAGACUUACCGAGUGCAUAGGAUAUUUAUCAGCAAUCGUAGUGGAGUGUGCAAAACCAAGCUACUUCAAGACACGCCUCUAAUAUCCCUGGUCUGUGCUCUACUGGUGAUAGACGGGAUGAUAGUCACACUGUGGGCCAUGCUGGAUCCCAUGGAGAGGCAUCUCAAGAACUUGACUACGGAGAUCAGCACGACGGAUAGAAGUGUGAUUUAUCAGCCUCAGAUAGAAGUCUGCAAAUCCCAAAACACGACUGGCUGGCUGUGCGCCCUCUACGCGUACAAGGGUCUACUCCUCAUUGUCGGAGUCUACAUGGCCUGGGAGACCAGAAACGUCAAGAUUUCUGCCCUCAACGACUCCAAAUAUAUCGGAAUCAGUGUUUAUUCCGUUGUCAUCACGAGCGCCAGUGUUGUGGUCAUUGGAACUAUAAUUUCUGAAAGGGCAACCCUAGCGUAUAUAUCGAUAACCAGUCUGAUUUUGAUUACUACGACUUCGACUUUGUGUUUGCUGUUUUUGCCGAAGAUUGUUGCUAUUAGGAGUAAUGCGGAAGAAGACCCCGUAAUACAAAGCAUGGGCCUAAGACUAGAGUGUAAGACGAGAAGAUUUGUGACAGACGAGACGCAGGAGUUACACUUCAGGAUAGAGAUACAGAACAGAGUGUAUAAGAGAGAGGUCGCAGCGUUAGACAAGGAGAUAGGCAGACUUGAGAAGCUGUUGGCGGAACCACUAGACUCGGCUAGUGGGUCUAAUGCUUCACUAUCUUUGCAUAAAAGGACUGAACUAAACACAGUGGAAGAAGAAGGCAUGGCUCACGCAGCGAACGAGCGCCGCACCCCGAGCGUCAGCGGCGGCCUGCCCAUGCUGCUCCUCUCCGUCCUCCCGCCCGUCAUCCCCCGCGCCAGCUGGCCCUCCACCGACGCCUUCCGAGGACGCAACUCCGUUAGCUUCAGCUCACAACCAAAACUAAACUACAGAAAAUCACAACCAGCUAUAGACCUAUACAACCUCUGCCUAAACAAAAGAGAAGAACAUACCGGUCUACUCAGCAGAAUAAAGAGCUUCUUCGGAAGCAGUAGACCGACCAGCAGGAAAGCUUCGACCAUGUCUAUAGCAGACCCCACUGGUGCAAGCAUAGCAGCUGCACUCAAAAUGCAUGUGGGCAUGAUAGCAGGACUUGUUCCAGGAAACAGAAAACACUCCAUGGUGUUAUCCUGCAACACCCUUCAUGUACCCCAUCCUGAGUUAAAGUUAAGGAGAGAAUCUUACGCGAAAAGUGGUCCUAUUAUACGCGUGACUGAUGACGAGCCCUCGUGUUCGUACGAUCCCGAACCUUCGAGACCUUUGCCUCAGAAGUAUAUCGCUGAACCGGAGACGAAAGUGAACUUCGUUCUGCCAGCUACGCAUCAAAGACCGAUGUCUCAUCAAACUCAAACUCAAACUCAAACUCAAACUCACUUUGAGUGAGUUUGAGUUUGAACUUCGUUCUGCCAGCUACGCAUCAAAGACCGAUGUCUCAUCAGAAUUCUUGUGAGAAGAUUAAAGGUUCUCCAAGGUUUCCGCAUAGGAUAGCUCCUUCAGCUGCCAAUAGCUUGACGACUCUUGAUACGAGGAGGAAAACCAGCGCUGACAGUGUAUUUAACAUAACUGCCAGGGUGUUUGAAGAGCAGAGACGGUACAGCCAUCAGAAUGUCAACCAAGAUGCGAAGGGCAAGUCCGUGUUAGAAAGCAGGUGGAAGUCUACUGAGGACGCGAGACCUGGUCCUUCUUCUAGAGAUUAGACGUGUGUGAACAGUGCCAAUUAAUGUGCCAAACAUAAUCCAAAUUAGUGUGGAGAUAUUAUAAAAAUAUAACAUGUUUAGAUACCAAAGUUAUCUGGAAC